GGCUAACUGAUGGGGGUGUGGCCCUCGUGGGUAAACAUAAACAUUUCUGUGGCACCAAACACCGUUUGCAAACCUGCGCAGGGGAACAGCGGAUGGAAACUUCCUGAAGGAAGGACACGAGGAGAUGGAUGGGACGGUCGGUUUCUGCCCGGCUCGUCCCCGCUCUACAGCGGCCUGCAGAAGGAAACUUCAGCUAAAGGCGACGCUGCUCCAAGUGCGAGGCCCUUGGGAAAGCUAUCCCGGGGUGGGGGCUCCCUAUACUAACGCCCCGCAGCCCAGACCCUCCUGCCUGCGAUCGUUCCCCGACUUUCCCGCCAGCUCAAGGCUCUCCCUCGCUCUCGCCCACCUUCAGACCCUGGCACGCCAUCCCUGAAACGGCUCGCGGCCGCCAUUUUACAGGAACUAUCGCGAGACCUACUCAGCGGCCCGGAGUCUGACUCAUUUACUUUCCUGCGAGAGGCUCCUCGCGGUGGUUCUCGCCGUCGUGGCGGGAAGUGUCGCGAGAGCUGGUUGCCUUGGCUCCCUGUAGCUAUAGCAGCCGCGGCGGUUCAGGAUGCGGCGGCAGGAGCUUAAUUCUAGAUUCACAUGGAAUUAGAGAGAUCUGAUGUAUGCCUUUCCCAGUUUCCCCAGUGGUAACGUCCUGCAAAACUGAAGUGCAAUAUUACAACCAAGAUAUUGACAUUGAUACAGUGAAGCUCUCUGGCACAGCUGGCUAUUCUAGUCACAGAGGAAGAGAGGAGAAGAAGUUCUGGGUGGAAUGAUAGAAGAUGUUUGGAGCAUAUUAAAAAACAGCAGCAGCAACAGCAAAUGCCCCAUAUAAUUCAAACAAGCUUCUUAGCUCUGUGGAAGCUAUGUCAGUUGCUUAGAACUUGAGUUUUUACUUCAGAGGAUGAUGGGACAAGGCAAUAGAAGGCGAGGAGGGUUGCGUUGGAUUCUUGCUUAUCUGUCUGCCUCUCCUUCCAGUUGGAAAAAUCUUCAAUCCACAAGAAGCAUUGUUAACAAGCCUAAGGAAUACAUCUUACCCUGAUCCUGGAUUCUGUUGGAAUUGAGGAUUACAGCCACUUCACCAGGAUUUUAUGGAGGUAGUUCAAGAAAAAUAGAAGGAAACAAUACUCAAGAAUUUCUCUGUUUACAUUAGUCCUGUGCCAUGUUAAAUUUCGGAUAUUGUUUGGAGCAAGUUGGGGACAGCUCUCUCAUGUGGAUCUAAGUGGAUACCUGCAUUCCUCAAGCUACAUAUAUGAUGUUUGGAAGGCUGUAAACUCAAAUUCUUUCAACAUAUGUUCAUUAAGUUCUGGAUUCUCUUUCUAUUAAGGACUUUAGCAGACAGAAACUCCCUCAUCAAAAGACACAAAACCUCCUCUGUGUUUUCAGGCUAAAUGUGAACAAUCAUGUCUUGGAAGAGAAAUUAUUUUUCAGGGGGCCGUGGUAGUGUCCAAGGGAUGUUUGCACCUCGAAGCUCAACCUCUAUAGCCCCCAGCAAAGGCCUCAGCAAUGAGCCAGGACAAAACAGUUGCUUCCUCAAUAGUGCCUUGCAGGUUUUAUGGCACUUGGACAUCUUCCGACGUAGCUUUAGGCAGCUUACAACUCACAAAUGCAUGGGAGAUUCCUGCAUCUUUUGUGCUCUCAAGGGAAUCUUUAACCAGUUUCAGUGUAGUAGCGAAAAAGUCCUUCCGUCUGACACUCUCCGCAGUGCUCUGGCAAAGACUUUCCAGGAUGAACAGCGCUUCCAGCUGGGAAUUAUGGAUGAUGCUGCGGAGUGCUUUGAAAACCUGCUGAUGAGAAUUCACUUCCAUAUUGCUGAUGAAACCAAAGAGGAUAUAUGUACUGCCCAACACUGCAUCUCCCACCAGAAAUUUGCAAUGACAUUGUUUGAGCAGUGUGUAUGUACUAGCUGUGGCGCCACGUCUGAUCCGCUGCCUUUCAUCCAGAUGGUGCAUUACAUCUCUACCACUUCCCUUUGCAAUCAGGCUAUUUGUAUGCUGGAAAGACGAGAAAAACCCUCCCCAAGCAUGUUUGGUGAGUUGCUACAGAAUGCCAGCACCAUGGGGGAUCUCCGGAACUGUCCGAGCAACUGUGGAGAGAGGAUUCGGAUUCGCCGUGUGUUGAUGAAUGCUCCACAGAUUAUCACAAUUGGACUGGUAUGGGACUCGGACCAUUCAGACUUGGCAGAGGAUGUCAUUCAUAGCCUGGGUACCUGCCUUAAGUUGGGUGAUCUAUUUUUCAGAGUGACAGAUGACCGGGCCAAGCAGUCUGAACUGUACUUAGUAGGAAUGAUCUGUUACUACGGCAAACAUUAUUCUACAUUCUUUUUCCAAACAAAGAUCCGCAAAUGGAUGUAUUUUGAUGAUGCUCAUGUCAAGGAGAUUGGGCCCAAAUGGAAGGAUGUGGUGACCAAAUGCAUCAAGGGGCAUUACCAGCCUUUGCUGCUGCUUUAUGCAGACCCGCAGGGUACCCCAGUGUCCACCCAGGACCUGCCUCCCCAAGUUGAAUUCCAGUCAUACAGUAGGAUGUGCUACGAUAGUGAAGAUUCAGGGAGGGAGCCCUCCAUCUCAAGUGAUACUCGAACAGAUUCCUCAACGGAGAGCUAUCCCUACAAACACUCCCACCAUGAGUCUGUGGUCAGUCACUUCUCUUCUGAGUCUCAGGGGACAGUCAUCUAUAAUGUGGAGAAUGAUUCCACGUCUCAGAGCAGUCGGGACACAGGGCACCUGACUGAUAGUGAAUGUAAUCAGAAACUCACAUCCAAGAAAGGGUCGCUGAUAGAGCGCAAGAGGAGCUCUGGCCGGCUUAGGAGGAAAGGCGAUGAGCCACAGGCCUCAGGCUACCACAGUGAAGGAGAAACACUGAAAGAGAAGCAGGCUCCUAGGAAUGCCUCUAAACCAUCCAGCAGCACCAACAGACUAAGGGAUUUUAAAGAGACAGUCAGCAAUAUGAUCCAUAACAGACCAUCCCUGGCUUCUCAGACCAACCUAGGGUCUCCCUGUGGGGGGAAAGGAGGAGACCAGAUGGACAGAAAACCUCCCAAGAACCUGCUUUUACACUCUCAUGACUGGGAAGUAGAGAGUACUAGCAGUGAGUCAAAAUCCAGUUCUUCUAGCAAGUAUCGUCCAACAUGGAGACCCAAACGAGAGUCUCUGAAUAUUGACAGUAUUUUUAGUAAAGACAAAAGGAAGCAUUGUGGCUAUACUCAGCUCAGCCCAUUUUCUGAGGAUUCAGCGAAAGAAUUUACACCAGAUGACCUAAGCAAGCCACCUGCUUAUGACCUUAAAACUGGUGGACCAAGCCCCCAAUACAAGCCUUGGGGCCCAGGACGGCCAGGCUCUUACCUUUUAGAGCAGCACCCUCGCCUAAUCCAGCGAAUGGAAUCUGGCUAUGAGAGCAGUGAGAGGAACAGCAGCAGCCCUGUCAGCCUGGAUGCAGCCCUGCCUGAGAGCUCCAGUGUCUGCAGGGAUCCAAGUGCUAAGAGAUCAGCUGGGUUGGCACCUUCCUGGCGUCACAUCCCAAAAUCUCACAGCAGUAGCAUCCUGGAGGCGGACUCCAGGAGUGUCUGGACAAAGAAUCAGCCCCUAUCAGGUGGGGAGACACCUGCCAAAAGUGAACUGGAUGAAUUGCAGGAAGAGGUGGCCAGGAGGGCCCAGGAACAGGAACUUCGAAAGAAACAAGAGAAGGAAUUAGAGGCAGCUAAAGGGUUUAACCCUCAUCCCAGCCGCUUUAUGGACUUGGAUGAACUGCAGAAUCAGGGGAGGAGUGACGGCUUUGAGAGGUCCCUGAAGGAGGCAGAUUCAAUAUUUGAAGAGUCACUGCAUCUGGAACAGAAGGGAGACUGUGCUGCAGCCUUGGCUCUCUGUAACGAAGCCAUCUCUAAACUAAGACUUGCCCUGCAUGGUGCCAGCUCUAGCACGCACAGCAGAGCCCUAGUCGAUAAGAAGUUGCAAAUCAGUAUUCGAAAAGCACGGAGCCUGCAGGAUCGCAUGCAGCAGCAGCAAUCAUCGCAGCAGCCGUCGCAGCCCUCAGCCUGCCUCCCCUCACAGGCAGGGGCCCUCCCUCAGCCAACAAGUGAACAGCCUAUCCCGCUCCAAGUAUUGUUAACCCGGGAGGCCCAACUGGAACCCUACACGAAUACAGAGUUUGGGGCCAGUUCUUUCGUCUACUCAUCUGCUUCCUGCCAUGAGUCACACUCAUCACUGUUCUCAGAGUCAUCUGCCCUCUCUGCCCCACAGCAUAAUUCCCCCAGUAGGUCUGCCUCGAACCUUCUUAAUUCAGUUGAGGUAGAUAGCAUUGACCCCUCUGUGUUCCACAGGCAGGGCUUACCUAAAACACCAGGGAGGACUGAGAAGAACUCUCAGCAUGCUUGGGAACCAUUGGAUGUACAAGAGGGUAAGCUGCAAGGCUACAGGGAUGAUAAGAGCAGCUGCAACAGGUUCCCCCCUCAAGAAGGAAGAGGCAUUGAUCAAGAAGAGCUAUUUCAAGAAAAGAGGGAUACUUCUGGCUCAUCCCAGGUGAUGCCUUGGUCACAUCCAACUGGAACAGCUGGGUGUGAGAGAGGAGAUGCACACACCCUAAGCUGUAGUCCUGCAAGUUCAUCAGCUCAGCCUGGCCUCCCCCUUUACAGAGCCUGCCACCCUAUAAUGCCUGCUGCUUCCUCAUCUGUGUUUCACUCUCCUGAUACUGUGCAGAAAACUAACCAAUGCCUCCAAGCCAACAGCCUCACAACUUUGUUGACGUCAAAAGUGGACGGAAGCAGUGAGGAGCCCUGUAGGCCAGAGUUUCCGGGCACAAAGGGGCUUGUUCGCUCUCUGACAGAACAGUUCCAAAGGAUGCAAGGCGCCACCACAAGGGAUGGCACAGGCUCCCAGGAUAGAAGUUUUCCAAAUAGUCGAAAGAAGAACUCUUCUCCUUCUGACUCUCAGCCUCCUUUCCCACAAGGUCAAGGGAAAGGCCAUUGGCCUUGGGUUAAACAGCAACCCUCUGUGGAUGGUAGGGACAGACUGCCUUCCCGGGAAGAAACUCCUGAUCAUCCUUCCCUUGCGAUGAACUCUGGGCUACCUAAUGGUGAAACUUCUUGGGGAGGACAACCCAGGUUGGCAGAGCCAGAUAGGUACCAAAGGAAGCCAUCUCAAGUAAGAGAUGCUAGGCCUAAGGAAUUGGGCAGCAAUGUUGACUUGGGGACUCCCUUGCCUUUGGAUUCCUGGGUGAAUGUCACAAGGCUCUCUGAUUCUCAGCUUAAACAUGGAGCCCCUGGGCCAGAAAUGAAGUCCUCCCUGAAAAAUCCCCGUACUUGUGUAGCCUAUCCAGACAGAAACCACAUCUUUUUUCAUCCACAUUGGAACCAAGAUACAGAGCAGGAGACCUCAGAAUUGGAGUCUCUCUACCAGGCCAGUCUUCAGGCUUCUCAAGCAGGCUGGUCUGGAUGGGGGCAGCAGGAUGUGGCCUGGCAUCCACCUAGCCAAACAGGCUCUGCAGAUGACAUGGGAAGAAGGUUGCACUCAGCCCCUGGCCUUGGUCUCUCAAAGACCCCAACAGCAGAAAUGGAGCAGAGUCUCCAUGAAGCCAGCACAGUGCCAGCUUCUCAGCUCUACCCACCCCAACCACAGCUCCUGUCCCCAGAAGUCUUGAUGCCCAGCAUAGCAGGGGAGCCCCAUAGACCCCCAGGAACUUCAAGGAGCGUCCAGCCGUUUCUGGCUAUGUGUGACAGGGGUGAAACUUCCCAACGGGUCAAGUACGCAGGAACGACUUUGAACUACCGGAGUCUCCCCCAUCGUAACAGAACAGAUGCCUCUUGGGGACUGUGGUCAGAGGCCAACCAGCAUGUUGGGGCUAGAUUCCUGACUACUCCAGGGUACAAGCCUCAGCUAACCCACUCUGCCACACUACCAGAAAGACACCAGGGCCAUCGUGUUCCUCAUGCUCAGUCAUGGGGAGAUCUUUUCCAUUCACCCUCCCCCGCUCCCAUUGUUCACUCUGUGUCCCCACCAUUAAGCAGUCUUCAUGUUCCCCUGAGGUCAGCUUGGAAUUUGGGUCCUGUUCCAGGGUCUCGAUCCCCUGGUCCUCGGAGAGUAGAUAUGCCCCCAGAUGAUGACUGGAGGCAGAGCAGUUAUACCCCACAACCUGGGCCCAGGAGGACAGGGGGACAGGAGUUUCUGUAUGUUCUAGCAGAUGCCCCUAGAAGAGAGCAGAACAGGGCUAGAGCCCUGCAGCACAGCAGGUGGUAAGAGUCACCCCUUUCCUCUCCGAGAGCCACGGCUUUCUUUUUAAACAGUACUGUGCAGAGUUCGUACCCUACAUCCCUGCCAGGGUUGUGCUAAUCUCAUCUCAUCAUAGAGCUGGCAGUUUCUCCUAAGGGUGCCAGGAAUCUCUAAUGUGAUGUGGCUCUUUGAGAAGGAAUAUUUGAAAUUCUAAUUUCCAUUCACCUAGCAAAAGGAAGCAGCUGCUAUUUAGGGCUUUAUUUGAGCCACUUCAAAAAUGAAUCCAUAUUACUCUGGACACUAGCCAUUCCUUAGGUCAUCAUUUUAGUCCUGGACACUUUAUGCCCAUACCUGUUCCUGAGCCCUGAUCCUCUGUUCCUCUACUAUAUUACCAAAUUCUACCCUUCAUUUUAUCUACCUGUCCGUAUUACCUGUCUUCCCCAUCCCCCAUUCUUGAAGGGACAUGAAGCCCUGUGGUCAUUGUCCUGACCACAGGGCAGCCCAUCUACCCAAGUGUUAUAGACUGUCAACCUUCCCUGUGCUCCCAAACCUUAGGCCUAGAAUGCGGAACUGCCAACAUUUGCCCUCUGAACAGAUGGAGUCAGGCACACUAACACACCCUCUUGUCUCAGCAGCAGAGCCAUUACUGCCACUUGCUCAGUCCCCAUUGUAAACCCUCAGAGUCAGCUGACCUAUUUUAGGGCCAAACAUACUGUUUUUGUAAAGUAUUUUUCAUUAAUAAAUCUAUAAUAUAGUUCUAUUUAA